AUGGCCAUGUCGAUGGCAUGCGGUAUCACGACUUCAGUUAUCCUCGAGACAAUUCUGCUCCGCCGGGGGGCUGACCAGCUUUCCUGGCCGAUGGCUGCUCGUACUGCUAUGGGCAUGAGUAUGGUUUCAAUGUUGGCCAUGGAACUAGCUGAGAAUGCAGUUGACUAUCAUCUGACCGGUGGGGUAGUUGCUCUUGGAGAUCCAAAUUUCUGGCUGGCGGCAAUGUUAUCGAUCGGUGCUGGGUAUUUGGCGCCGUUGCCGUAUAACUAUCUGCGUCUUCGAAAAUAUGGGAAAUCUUGUCACUAA